UUGCUAGUGUAUAUGAACAACUCCCUCGCCAGAAAAACAUCAUCAAUCUGAUUCCGUCUCUCAGUAGCCAGCCCCUGAACCACUCCCGAACAACCCUCCUCACAAUGCCUCUCCGUGAGCUCCAGUAUCCGACCGAGCCUUACAGCAAGGUCAACCGACUCAAGGAUCGGGCGGACUAUGCUCUGGAGACCAUCCACCAGAUCGUCAACUCGUGCCCCAUGCUUCAUGUCUCCUUCCAAGCACCCGAUAGCCCCUUUCCGGCGGUUCUGCCCAUGAUCGGCCAGAUGGGCUCGUUUUCGCGGCCCAGUGCCGACCUGGGUGAUGUGUUGGAUCUGUAUCUUCACGGCUACGUCUCCUCCCGUAUCAUGAAUACCGCCCGCUCUACCGAUUCCCAAGAGGAGGGCGUCCCCAUGACCAUCGCCGCCUCCCACCUCGACGGCCUAGUUCUCGCGCUCACACCCAACAGCCACAGCUACAACUACCGCAGCGCGAUCCUCUUCGGGCACGCCACGCUGGUGACCGACCCGGCCGAGAAGCUGUACGCGAUGGAGCUGAUCACGGAGAGCAUCGUCCCCCACCGGUGGGCGCACAGCCGGGUGCCGCCCAACGCGGCCGAGAUGCAGAGCACCAGCGUGCUGCGGGUGCGCAUCAGCACGGGCAGCGCCAAGAUCCGCACGGGCGAGCCGCACGACGAGCGCGGUGAUCUUGAGGAUGAGGCGCUGCUGGAGCGGGUGUGGACUGGGGUGGUGCCGGUUUAUACCGUGCGUGGGGAGCCUGUGGCGGGCGGGUAUAAUAGGGUUGGGGAGGUGCCGGGGUAUUUGGAGGGGUGGAGGGGGGAGGUGAAUAGGGAGGCGGAGGAGUAUGCGCGGGAGGCGGUUCAGAGGGAGGUGGUGGCGAAGAAGGUGGAUGGAUGAGAUGUCACCUACUUGUAGAACGGCCUUGGUGGAACGGACGACUGGCAUGUUGAGAUAUCAUCAAUGCAUAUUGGAAAUCAACUACAAGAAAGUCUGGUGUCCAAAACCAGUAUAUACAGUCCAUCUUCAACUAUUUUAGCAC